AUUCAGGAUUAGGUUUACUCUCUCUUCCAAACUCCGCCCAAUCUCUCUCCCUCUCUCCGCCGCGUGCAACUGUAACAGCUAACUAACGGUACUCUGUUUCUUCCUUACUCUCAUCGUCUUCUUCGUUGUGUGUUUCUCACUUAGAAGAUGAGUAACCAAACCACUUGCAAUGAUCGAACAAGAACGUAUUGGACUCCAACAAUGGAACGCUUCUUUAUAGAUCUUAUGUUAGAGCAUUUACACAGAGGAAACAGAACCGGUCACACUUUCAAUAAGCAAGCUUGGAACGAGAUGCUUACUGUUUUCAAUUCCAAAUUCGGGUCACAGUAUGAUAAAGACGUUUUGAAAAGCCGGUAUACUAAUCUUUGGAAACAGUAUAAUGAUGUCAAGUGUCUUCUUGAUCAUGGUGGUUUUGUUUGGGAUCAGACUCAUCAAACUGUGAUUGGUGAUGAUAGUCUUUGGAGUUUGUAUCUUAAGGCUCAUCCUGAAGCGCGUGUUUAUAAGACAAAACCGGUGUUGAAUUUUAGUGAUUUGUGUUUGAUUUACGGGUAUACUGUUGCUGAUGGGAGAUAUAGUAUGUCAAGUCAUGAUUUAGAGAUUGAAGAUGAGAUCAAUGGUGAAAGUGUUGUUUUAUCGGGUAAAGAAAGCUCGAAAACUGAGUGGACUUUGGAAAUGGAUCAAUACUUUGUUGAGAUUAUGGUUGAUCAAAUCGGUAGAGGUAACAAGACUGGUAAUGCUUUUAGUAAACAAGCAUGGAUAGAUAUGCUUGUUUUGUUCAAUGCUAGAUUUAGUGGUCAGUAUGGGAAAAGGGUGUUGAGGCACCGGUACAAUAAGUUGUUGAAGUACUAUAAAGAUAUGGAAGCUAUUUUGAAAGAAGACGGGUUUUCGUGGGAUGAAACUCGGCUAAUGAUAUCUGCGGAUGAUGCCGUUUGGGAUUCUUACAUCAAGGAUCACCCGCUUGCGAGAACUUAUAGGAUGAAAUCUUUACCGAGCUACAACGAUUUGGACACAAUAUUUGCCUGUCAAGCUGAGCAAGGGACAGAUCACAGAGAUGAUGGUUCGGCUGCACAAACAAGUGAGACUAAGGCCAGCCAAGAGCAGAAUUCUGACCGUACAAGGAUAUUUUGGACACCGCCAAUGGACUACCAUCUAAUUGACUUAUUAGUGGAGCAAGUGAACAAUGGGAAUAGAGUAGGGCAGACUUUCAUAACGAGUGCUUGGAAUGAAAUGGUUACAGCUUUCAAUGCCAAAUUCGGAUCUCAACACAACAAAGACGUUUUGAAGAAUCGGUACAAACAUUUGAGGAGGUUAUACAACGACAUAAAGUUUCUUCUUGAGCAAAAUGGGUUCUCAUGGGAUGCAAGGAGAGAUAUGGUUAUUGCAGAUGAUGACAUUUGGAAUACUUAUAUACAGGCACAUCCAGAAGCUAGAUCAUAUCGAGUUAAAACUAUUCCAAGUUAUCCAAAUCUUUGCUUCAUAUUUGGGAAGGAAACGUCGGAUGGAAGAUACACACGUUUGGCUCAAGCUUUUGAUCCUAGUCCCGCAGAAACUGUGCGAAUGAACGAAAGUGGAAGCACAGAUGGAUUUAAAGAUACUCGCAGUUUCCAGAAGGUGGUCUAUACCAGCAAUGAGAAAAAUGAUUACCCGUGUAGUAAUAUCGGUCCUCCUUGUAUAGAAUGGACACGGGUUAUGGACCACUGUCUUAUUGAUCUUAUGCUAGAGCAGGUGAGUAGAGGGAAUAAGAUUGGUGAGACAUUCACAGAGCAAGCUUGGGCUGACAUGGCAGAAUCCUUCAAUGCAAAGUUCGGGUUGCAGACUGACAUGUUCAUGCUGGAGAAUCGUUAUAUAUUGUUGAUGAAAGAGCGUGACGACAUUAACAAUAUUCUCAACCUUGAUGGCUUUACUUGGGAUGUGGAGAAGCAAACCAUUGUUGCAGAAGAUGAAUAUUGGGAAGCAUAUAUCAAGGAGCAUCCAGAUGCAACCAUAUAUAAAGGUAAGACCUUGGAUAGUUAUGGCAAUUUGUGCAAGCUAAAUGAACAUCUCUCCCAAGAAAGUUUCAAUUGUGAGAAUCUUAUGAUCGAGUUGGAAAAUUAUGGCAAUGAGAUGGAAAUAGUUGAUGACUUUAGUUCACCCCACAAGCAGCAGAAUAAGCGACCCAACCCAAUAACUCCGCCGUUGGGGAUAGUAGUAUGCAAGGCUCAGAAAACCGGAGUAGAGACGAGGAAGCCUCUGUGUGAAACAGAAGGUGAUGAUGAUGAUUGCACCAAACCCAUGCCUCAGAUCGAAAUUUACUCGAGAAUAGGAAAUGCCCUUGAUGCAUUGCAAGCUUUGCCUGACAUGGAUGAUGAGCUUCUGCUGGAUGCUUGUGAUCUUUUGGAAGAUGAGAGGAAAGCAAAGACGUUCUUGGCCUUGGAUGUCUCGUUACGUAGGAAAUGGCUUGUAAGAAAGCUUCGUCCUUCGGCUAACGUUUGA